AUGAUUCCACAGUAUACAGGUGAAGCUCCACAGUUGACUAGCCGAGGUACAGUGACAGUUUAUAACGAUGACGUGUCUAUUGGGAAGGUUUUAACUACAAUAACAUAUACUGAUAAUGACCAAGAGGAUAUUGGAAACCUCACGUUGACAUUAGAAUCAGCUACCAACAGUGGUACAAGUUAUUUUGAGCUUGUUGCAGACGAAAUUCGAAUAAAAGCGACUCCUCCUCUGAACACAUAUAAUUUACAAAUGAAGGUGGAAGACCUAUGUACUUUGUCAUCAACAGGCACAGAAACUAUUGAGAUAAUCAAUAGACUUCCUGUUAUCAACAACCUUCCCGAUUCCGUAUCAAUAUCAGAAGACACUACAGACAACACAUUGAUAUUUACAUUUAAUGCUACAGAUACCGUAACAGACCCGGUAUCCUGUGCAAAGAAAGGAGGGGGAACUGUGCCAUUUUCUGUUGCCCAAAUUCCAGGUUCAACAGAUUAUGGAGUAUAUAAGAACGCAGGAGUCUUUCUAAACGCAGAUAUCACAGCUUCAUAUACACUUACAGUAGAAUGUGACGAUGGAGAUGAUAAAGUCGAUGCUGUGCUGACAAUCAACUUAAUUCCAAAUCAGGCAAAUAAAUUACCAUAAAAAAGGGCAAAAGAUACCAGAGGGACAUUCAAAGUCAAAAAUAGAAAAUAAAUUGACAACGCAAUGGCUUAACAAGAAAAGACAAACAGACA